AUGGUUCGUGUGCACCCUGUCGACCGCACGGAGACUGCAACCUGUUUUCUGGGCAGCCUGGCAGCUCUGCGAUGUUUGAGGGACACGAAAGAAGUGCAUGUUGUCAUCAGUUUGUGCACAUCUGAGAUGCAAAAAAGUCGUGGACAACCUGAAGAAGGCUGGGCGGCAUUCUUGACUGGAAUGUCUCUGGAACACGUCACGAUCGACUUGCACGAUCCCAGAACAAAGUGGCCCGGAGAAGAUUAUUUUUGCGAAGAGAUGGGCAACUGCUAUUUCGCCGCAUGGCAAAAUAUGUGUAUAAAAAUCAGUCGUUCUCUUUUGGGGCGGGGAGACAAUCUCUCGACUGGCUUGCUGUUUCAUUGUUUUGGUGGCAUCAAUCGGAGCAGCGCUGCUUUGGCUGCGUGGCUGAUCUUCAAGCACGCAAUGGACGCAGACGAUGCCAUUGAUGUGCUCUUGAAGGCACGUCCUACUCUCAAUCCUUGGGACAAAAGGCCACACAUUUUGUGGGCGCUCAAGACUUGGGAGAAGAGAAAUGACGCCAACGUCGAAGAGAUCAAAGUGUUCAGUGUCCAUGUGACCAAGGUGGAUGGCCGCUUUCACGACAGUCUCCGCAGUGAUCCGGAAACAAGUUUUGCCGCAAUGUGCAAAGAAACGUUGCGGAAGCACGAACAUGGCAGUGACGUGCUUGAAGCCAUCCGAGUACCGCGGCGACCAGAACACUGCCGUGGCCGGUCGCAUUGUGAUCCUCAAGCACCAGGAGAUCCAGUCGAGAAAAGGAACACAAGCGGCGGCAGCGCCCACUGGUGGCAGAAAAGGCAAGGGCAGCCGGAGACCCGCCCGCUUCGGAAGUUGGAAGCCCAUGUCGCUGCUACGCAGAGCUUGAGUGAAGUGCUCUACGUGGAAGCUUGGGGCGAAAACGGAGACAAUGACAAGUUAGCACAAAAGUGCCAGGUCGGUGGUCUGGUCAUUGUGCAGAAGCUUCAUGAAGAUCCGUGGCAGGGAAUACCAGCCGUGCAUCCGCUAGUGCCGCUCUCUGCGUUGGAUCGGGUCAGAGAUCGACAGCAGAUUUGUGUUGCGGUCACAAUUGUGGAGAAUCCGGGUUCGGUGGAACGUCAGACAAAAGAUGGUGCUGCGUUGGUGUGCAAUGCUAUUGUGCAGCAAGGAACAACGCGAGUGAGAUGUUCUUUUUGGCAUGAGCAAGCCGAAGAAUUGGCAGCGCAGCCAGCUGGAACGAGUCUGAUGCUCUACCAGGUUUUGAUCACCAAGCGCAAGGAUGAAAGAUCGUGGGAGAUCGGCAGCUGGCGAGGCACUUCUCUUGUGGCAUGCAGUGCAGAGAUGGCGACGGCGAUGCAGGCAGAACUGGCCCACCAAGACAAUUGCCGCAUGUUGACCGAAAUUCCGGUGAAGGAUUGGAUUGGCUGCCCUGCCACCGUCACAUCCUUGAGCGCUCUGGUGGGAGCGAUCGUGCCUGGGCAAUUGCGGAAGUUGGAGAUAGUCUUUGAAGUUGUCGGUUUGCAAGUUUUGGGCAUUUCGUCUGUGAAGACGGAAACGGAUGUGUGGCUCAUCGAUUCGUGUGUGAAAUGCAAAAAGGCAGCACCGUGCGAGGCUCAUCCCACGGUCGGCACCGAGAAGCGCUUUGCUCUCAGGCUCACGCUCGCAGAUUGCAACUGCCAGUGCACCGUCGUGCUGUACCACGAACUGGUGCUGCGAGCAGCCGCCAGCAUGGGUUGCACGCUCUCCGACACGGUGCACGACACCCCGGCAGUGCGCCUGCAGCUGCGUGACUUGUUCCGGGGGGCCCAGUGGCUUUGCAGAUUCACUUUCCGUGAAAACGAGUAUCAACAAACUCUAGAGCUAGAGUGCCGUCAUCUGCAGCCGUGCUGGCGGGCCAGCGGAGCGAGCGCUGUCGUCGAGCCUGGCGCGCUCCAGCGGAAAGUUCCGCACUGCCAGUUGAAUACUGGCUGUCCCGUGGCGCCUUUGAACAUGCUGCAGGUCGAUGUGCAGUUAGGGUUGAUUUGUAUUGGUGACGUGGAAGCUAGUUUCGUGCGGGCUCUGGUGGCUUUCAAUGACGUGCCCCUGCCCGAUGAUGAAACUCUUCAGCAAGACAACACAGCCAUCUCGGCGAUGCGGGUGAAGAGAUCCGUCGAUUGCCUGCUGUCUGGUGCUGCCGAGGCAAGCCGCGCGGGCGAAGCGCACUUGGUGGUCUUGGCCCACACGGAAGAACAAGGCGAGUGGAGUGUGCUCUGGCACGUCCCAGUUGAUGCACACCAUGUGAAAGGAGCCACACGAUUUCUGAUGCAGCUAUACCAGUCAGAGGUGAGUGCCCCACAGACCAUCACAUAUGAUUCGGCAUGGACACCAAUGAAACGACUCGCCAGCGUCGUCGAGCAAACGCCUGAAGAGACAACGAUGGCGGAGGACGGCGCCUGA